UUCAACCGGGAAAUCAACGCACACCAGCCAUGGCGCUGGUCAUGGAACCCAUCAGCAAAUGGUUCCCAAAGCAGGUUCUGGACUGGAUGAAAGGGUUGGAUGACUGUUUGCUUCAGUACAUGAGGACAUUUGAGAGAGAGCAGAUAACUGGAGAGCAGCUGCUCCACAUCACCCAUCAGGAGCUGGAAGAGCUUGGCGUUACCCGUAUCGGACACCAGGAGCUCAUUUUGGAGGCUGUGGACUUACUCUGUGCACUGAACUUUGGCCUAGAGACAGAGAAUUUGCGAACUUUGUCGCACAAACUCAAUGCAUCGGCUAAGAAUCUGCAGAACUUCAUCACGGGUCGACGUCGUGGGGGACAUUAUGACGGACGAAUCUCACGGCGCCUUCCAAAUGACUUCUUGACUUCAGUCGUUGACCUCAUUGGAGCAGCAAAAAAUCUGCUGGCAUGGUUGGACAGGUCUCCUUUUGUCAGUGUUUCAGAAUACUCAGUGCUGAAGAACAACAUUGUUCAGCUCUGUCUAGAGCUAACGACCAUAGUACAACAGGAUUGCACAGUAUAUGAAACUGAGAAUAAAAUUCUACAUGUGUGUAAGACUCUAUCAGGUAUCUGUGAGCACAUUAUUUCAUUGUCAUCCGAUUCGCUGGUGUCACAGUCGGCCCACCUAGAAGUUGUUCAUCUGACCAACGUUAUGCCUAGUGAGGGCCUGGGCAUGUACAUCAAGUCCACAUAUGAUGGUCUUCAUGUGAUCACUGGAACCACAGAGAAUUCUCCUGCAGAUCAUUGUAAGAAGAUUCAUGCCGGUGAUGAGGUCAUUCAGGUCAAUCACCAGACAGUGGUUGGCUGGCAGUUAAAGAACUUGGUCAAUUGUCUUCGUGAGGACCCAGGCGGAGUCAUCCUUACUCUGAAGAAGAGGCCACAGAACACUCUGGGAUCCACCCCUGCGCUGCUGAAGAAUACCCGCUGGAAACCACUUGCCCUGCAGCCGCUGUCUACCAGUCCCUGCAGUGGUUCACCCACCCCACCCAGCACCCUUGGUUCAGUGGGACUCUCACCUGGAGUGGACACACCUGGGGGACAUGACGUCUUUAUACUGUCCCCUGUCUAUGGACACAGGGAGGAGGAUCUGGAUCGGGGUGGGUUUGGUGUAUUUGGUUCUGAUUCUCCAGGGUAUUUUGUAGAACAGGAGGUACUCGGAGGGCAGUACUUCCCCCUCCUGGAGGAGGAUUCUGGGAGAAAUACGGGACUGCGACGCAGAGACCGAACGCCAACUCACUGUGACCCCCGGCAGAUUUCCAUGGGAACUGAGUGGCUGGCAGAGCCCCAGGAAUCUGGAGUUUACAAAAGAGGAAGCAGAGAUUCGGACUCCUCCCUCUUGCGGUUCCUCAAUGAUGACAGAAUUCUGCUCAUUCAGGAAGAGGCGGAGUUUUCCCAACGUGACACAAGCAGGCGAUCACGGAAGAAGAGCCGUAAUCCCAGCAGCCCCAGUUUUCCCAUUAGUCCCUCUUUGCUUGCCCCACCAGUGCGUCUGGACACAGGUCCCCCUGAGGGGCUGCCUUUCCCCGUGUCUGACUCAAAUACGAUGCCACACUACCAUAGAGCUGCAGACACACUCCGAGCAGAUGCCGAUAGGUAUGCUAGUUCAGGACUGGACCGACAAGCAGGGCUAUCAAUGAGGAAGUCUAUGCACUAUGCCUCUCUGAGGACCAAGCCCAAGAAAAAGAGCAAAGGCUCCCUAAGUAGUGCCAGCAGGAGGCGUAUUGCUUGCAAAGAUUUGGGUCAUGGUGACUGUGAAGGCUGGUUAUGGAAAAAGAAAGAUGCCACUGGCUACUUCACACAGAAAUGGAAGAAGUACUGGUUCGUUCUCAAAGACUCCAACCUGUACUGGUAUACCAACCAAAAUGAUGAGAAAGCAGAAGGCUUCAUCUGUCUGCCAGAGUUUCGGAUAGACAGAGCAAUUGAGUGCAGGAGGAAACAUGCCUUCAAAGCAUGUCAUCCCAAAAUUAAGAGUUUCUUUUUUGCUACCGAUCAUUUAGAGGAGAUGAACCGAUGGAUGAAUCGUUUAGGCUUGGCUGCCAUUGGCUACACACCUGAUGAUCCAGUACCACGUCCCGAUGAAGAUUACUGGAGUGAAAGUGACCAGGAUGAGGUGGACGGGUCUAUGACACUCAAACAGGAACCCACGUACCACCACAACCCCUCAGCAACUUCAACUAGUCCAUUUCCUGAGCAUCAUUUCUCCAGCGGAUCCACAUUUUCACAUUCCUCUGCAGAGGAGAGCCAUUCUUCUUGCCGAUCCUCCCAUCGAGAGCGUCGCUCAUGGCAGGAUCUGAUUGAAACCCCACUGACCAGCACUGGCCUACACUACCUGCAGACAGCGGAAGUAGAGGAGCCUGCUCUGCUGUACCCAGACCAGCAUAGGCAAGCUACACUCCCUGCUCAGCGCCGCCGUCCUCUGGAAUGUGACGGGCCUUUUCCAUUGACUGACAGUGAGGAGUCCCACUCGCACCAUCACACCCACAAACAGCGCAGCCAGAGCCUUCCACGCCACCGCGAGGCACACGGGGGUCACCCCCACCGCAGUGCUCGCUCACAUGCACACGUGCACACACAUGGCACUCUGAGGCCAAGAACUCAUCUCCACGAGGAAGAGGAGGAAGAGGAGGAGGAAAAAGAGGUUCAGAAAUGCAGCAGCAGGAGGCCUGAGACUGAAGAGAAAGUGGCUGAUGGCACGGAUGGUCUGCAGGAGUUGUACCGAUCACUGGAACAGGCCAGCCUCUCCGCUUUCGGCCAGCAAAGACCAUCCACCAAACAAGAAUUCAGACGCUCCUUCAUCAAACGCAGUAAUGACCCCACUACAAAUGAACGACUGCACCGCAUACGGGUUCUCCGCUCCACACUGAAGGCAAAGGAUGCCGAUUUGGCGAUUAUCAAUCUGGUGCUAGAUGACCCUUGUUUGACCUCACGGAAGUUCCGUGAAUGGAAGCAACGUAAUCACGAGCUCUUCCUGGAUAUCUGUGAGUUUAGCUCCGCCCCUCUGGAACUGCCCAGUGAUUCCAACGAGCUUUCACCUCUCUCACCAACGCUGAUGAUGCACACUCACUCUUUCAUAGAAACGCAUGUGUGAAACACACUAUCAUGCACACAUAGAACAAAAAAUCACAUGGUAAUAUACAGACAUAACGAUUUACAAAUAACUUGAAUUUUGCAUUUGAAACUCACAUAUACAUAUUAACAUUGACACACAUACACCAUAUGAAAAACACUGUAGACCUAGACUGUCCUCACCUUUCCUCGAUGGGGGACCUGAUACUGCCCUCCUCCUGACCAUGAGGGACAUCAGAUUGAACCAAUACACUGUAAGAUGAAUUUCAAAGAGCUGACCCAGCCUCGAAAACUCAGACCGAAGGUACGUCACUGUCCUGAGGUCAUUUGUGCUGACCUGACACUGAUAGAUGACUCAUAAACUGCUCCUCAGACACACCAUGGAAGUGUCACAGCUGAGUGAGAAAAGCGUUAUCUGCACAUACUGUAUAUGGCUCAUCGCAAACUCUGUACAAUAUGUUUCAUCAUGGGCACAGUCUGGAACGGAUGGUAGAAAGGCCUCCUGAGGUGCCCUACUGCAUGCCUGGAGAAUCAUCUUUUCAGAUUAAAUUAAACCCCCACCAGUUGAACAAAAUAGGACGGUAAAUAAAAAUCUCUUAUUUUUGUCUCUGAUUGGAGUAAAGAAAAUCCUUUUUUUAUAUCUUCUGAAGAUUUUGUUAAUUCAUUUAUUGGAUUUUUUGGUUUUGUUUGGUUUUGUUUCCUUCCCUUGGAAUGCUGCAGGAAGAGCACUCAUGUAGCCAUGGGCAACAGGCUUCACUCUGUUACCAAGCAACACCGCCCUACUGUGUUAAUCUAUACAACUAUCAAAGCAAGCAAGAGUGUUGGAAAGUGAGUGUGUAUGUGUGCGUAUGUACUUGUAAGUAUGUCUGUAUUAUUGGAAAUGGGAAUAUGGGAAACGAUUAACUCCUGGCAGGUAGUAAUGUGUUUAAUUUGGCUUCAUUAGAAUAUUUAUAUUAUAGCUAAACUCAUGCAUGGUUUUAAAAAAUAUAUAAAUAUAUGCUAUCAGGCCAGAGAACAGUCUGUAUAUAAGAACAUAUUAUUUGCAUAGCUGCAUCCUCUGUUUAAAACUGUGAAUUGUACUCGUGAAUGCAAUCUUUUGACUCUGCAAAAGCAGAACCUUUCUACUCUCUAUUUUUUUCUACAAAAAAGACAACAAAAGAUGAAAAGCUUUGCUUCUCUGAUGUUAUGACUGUUUUUGCUUGUUUCCGGGUCUUUGCUGGUCAUUACCUCUGAGCUAUGGGCUACAUUCAGGUUGCUUGUUUCUGUUUUCUGAUGUAUGCAUCCCUUAGACAGACUCCAUAAGCCAAAAACAAGAGUUUUGUAAUCCUGUUCACAAUUCUAGAGGUCAGUGGCCCAGGAUUUCAGAAUCGGAUAAAGCAAAUGGCCGAGAAUUUGAGAUUUUCCAAUUAAAGGGGUCAUGAAACAUAAUUUUUUUAAUAAUUGUAUCAUCUUCCCUGAGGUACACUGAUAAUGUUAUAAAUGUUCUAUUUUAUUUAUUUUUUUGCACCAAAACAGUCAUAAUUUAGUAAUAUAUGAUAAUUUUCCGCACUGUCUCUGGCCCUCAAUCUGAAAUUGUUUGUUUUGGCCUCAGCACCUCCUUAUGAUUGGUAACAUCAUGCAGCUCCUCAAAUACAGUCAAAUUUGAACUCAAUCGGAGUUAAACAAACUCCACAAAAUUAUAAACUACAUUUCAGGGUUUACACAAUGCACAUUCAACACAUUACAUCUGAAUAUAUUCAACUGUUCAUCUCAAUCACAACUGUUAACACUCAGCACCAUAAACUAUCAAACAGGCAUGACAUUUGAAAUAUUCAUGAAUGAAAUGGAUUACUUACGUUUUUGAUUGUGUUCAAUGGUUUUUGCAACUGCCCCAUUCUUCAAUAACAGUUCCUUUGCCAAGCUUGAAUCAUAUUAUGACUGGUUCACAAGCAAUCCAUGCUGACAUGAGCUAAAAAAACAAAAACAAAAAAACAGCACAUACAUAGUCCAAAACACGGUGAAAUUAUGCACACAAAUAGCACAUCGCUGUAAUCACAUCGAAACAGUCAAAGACGUCCAUCUAGUUCAUGUUUACAUACACCAACUAUUAAACAUAGUGCAGAUGUGUGGAAGAACGCAUCAGUGACAUGUUUGUGCUCAAAACAGCAAGAGGCAGAGCAGCUGAAUGAAACAGAAUGGCUUCUCCUCUUCAAAACUUGACACUGCGUCUUUUAAAAGUGUCAAGAUACAUGACAACACACAUACAAAGACGUCUGUCUAGUGCAUGUUUCUAUACAAAAAUAAUUAAAAAUAGCCCAGAUGGGUCCCCUUUGGUGUUCAGGAAUAGUUAUCCACACUAGGCCUGUCUGUCCUGCUCUUUCUCUGUCUCUCGAACUAAGUGCCAGUGGGCGGGGCCGAGGGUGCGCUGACACAUGUUUUGGGAUGUGUAAAUACAAACAAGCAAUGUCUCAUGAUGUCAUGAAGACACAGAUUUCAAAACAAGAUGUUUCAACAGGGUGGUAACUAUAAAUUCUCUUUUUUUUUUUAAACAGAGGAGGAAGUUUUAAGUUUUGAAAUUUAGAGUAUGAUUUUAUUGUAAAGUUACCUCGAAUAUGUCUUAAUAUCAAGGAAAAUUUGAUUCUCCAUUUCAUGACCCCAUUAAAAUGAAAAAUCAAUUGGUUAAUUUCUGGCUGUGGAGUGGAAAACGUCCCCUUGCUCAGUGUUGUGUGUGUGUAUGUGUGUGUGUGUGUUGUUAUUUGUCCCCAUUCAAAUGUCAUUGCGUCACUAAGCCUUGCAUAUGCGCUUAAUGUUACAGUUAUGUUUGAUUGUCAUUUUUUAGAAUCAUGUGGGAUGUAUUUGAAUUGAAUAGAAUGUAAUAAUUCAAUAACUUGUUAAUUGUAUAUCUCAUUUGAACAGUCAGACACACUCACUCACUACCCACACACAAUGGUUUUAUGUCCUUGGUCGAUGCUUUUUACCAAAGUGACUUUCAGAAAUGCAUCUUCCCACUAAAGUUUUGAUUAUUAUUUUAUGUAGACUGUUACACUUUAACGUGUUGGCUCUGUACAUUCAUUUCAUGGUGUGUGUGUGAGUCUAUGAGUGCAUGUUGUAUGUGUGCGUGUUAUCCAGGCCAUCGGGGCUUCACUGUGGUUUUAAGGGCAUGUACCCCCUCUCUCCCCCACACGGCUAUGCUGUAUAAGGUGUAAGUUGCACUGCAACAUUGAGACGGAACAUAUUGCUCUUUUUUCAAGGUUCUCUUUCAAAAAUUCCCCUUCUGUAUAUUAAAACACCAGGAAGAGCCUGAUAUUUAUUCACAGUAUUAUUCAAAUCUAAUCCUCUUUGCUUUCAGAAAUAUGAAUACAUAUAUAAAUAUAUAUAAUACAGAUUGUAAAAUGUUAAAAUAAUAAACUGAGU